AUGGCAAAGAUAGCUGCGGAAGCAGUGCCCCAGCUCAAAGCCCAGAUCGAUGCUUUGACCACUGACCCCGACGGUGCCCCUGGGGUGGUCUUCGCUGCCGUCAACAAACAAGGCGAAAUCAUAUUCGAACAUGCAAGCGGAAAAGUGGGCCACGGAAAGUCCCAGCCGAUGACCAUGAACAAUGUGUUCUGGAUCGCCAGUUGUACCAAGAUGAUUACGGGGAUUGCGUGUAUGCAGCUCGUCGAGCAAGGCAAGUUGGCGUUGGACGAUGUGGAGCUGGUGGAAAAGCUGUGUCCGGAGUUGAAAGCCGUGCAAGUGUACGAGAACGGCAAGUUGGUGCCCAAGAAGAGAGGCAUCACCUUGAGAAUGCUGCUCUCCCACACGGCCGGCUUCGGUUACUCGUUCUUUGACCAGCGCCUCAACGAUUGGGCUGGGCCCCUUGGACUGGAUGAAUUCUCCGGGUCCUACCACGACUAUCUGACCCAGCCCCUCGUAAACCAACCGGGAGAAGUGUGGGAAUACGGAAUCAACAUCGACUGGGCGGGACAACUUGUGGAACGGGCGUCUGGUCUCAAGCUCAACGACUACUUCCAACAGCACAUCUUCAAGCCCAUGGGCAUCACCCACAUCACGUUCUUCCCCGACGACCAAAUGAAAGCCGACCUCGCGUGGAUGAACUACCGCGCCCCGGACGGGAAACUCUCCCUGUACGUCAACGGUCAUUUGAAUAGGAGGCCACUUUAUGCGAAGACCAAGGAGGAGAUCGACGGGACCUUCCAUGCCGGUGGAGCGGGCGCUUUCGCGAAGCCGACCGAGUAUUGUCAGGUUAUUUCCAUGCUGUUGAACGAUGGAGUGCAUCCUGGCACUGGCAACAGGAUAUUGAAGAAGGAGACGGUCGAGACCAUGUUCACGAAUCAGAUCCCUGAAAUGCCGAACUUUGGAAGACAGGCCAUCACUCCACCAAAACCCGACAUGUCCAACGCCCUUCCAGAGCUGUACCCAGAACCUCACGACAUCCCGCAAGGCUGGGGACUGACCUUCUUCCUCCAUCUACGUGACUCGGCCGUCCACAGUGAAGGGACAGGUUGGUGGGCGGGUUUGCCCAACCUGUUCUGGUGGGCCGAUCGCAAGAGGGGUCUCGGCGGCAUCAUUGCUUCACAGAUUGUGCCAUUCGGCGACCCGAAGAUCCUCGGACUCUGGGCACAGACCGAGGCCGGUCUUAUCCAGAAUUUGAAGUAG